AUGCCGGAGCGCGGGAAAAUGUUUUGUAACAACCGCACGCUGAACACAAACGUUUGUCGCAAACGUAAUCUUGCUGCAAUAAACGUUUUGUACGCGCGCGAGGCAAGGUUCAUAGGCUGCCCAAGGAACGUGCGCUGCUGGUCCGUCGCAGCCGCGCGGGCGAUCGUCCGCGGCGCACAUUACAAGGAGCGUCGCCUUGCAACGAACGCGGUAUCGAACAAUGAAAGAAACGAGAGCCCCGGCACCGACGACGGCAGCGUUUCACCAGAGCCACCCGACCGGCCUCCCGGGAAGGUCCGUCAAGUGCACCCGGAGGACAAAGCGCAGUUUCUCGCUUACGAGCCUACAUACCGUAAAAAGGCGAAGCCCAAAUCACUACCACUAGAAGACAAUCAGAUGUACAGCCAUUUGGCCAAUACAAACGUGGCAAUGUCCCCCAUGUACCCUCUCACGCCAAACAUCUGUGUGGAGGGCGGCAAAAUCGAGUUCAUAAAGUCGCCGCCGGGCAGCGCUAGGAACAGUGUGGCGCUGGCGUCGCCGCCGCAGACCCCGGUUGUUGUGAGACGCAGCGCGCGUGAAAAGCGCGAAGUGAGGUGCAGCGACGACCACGUCGAGAAGUUCGACGAUGAUAAGGAACUCCUCGAGAAACGAAUAAAGCAAUUGGAAGCACAGGUCGAGGAGGAGAAACGGCGCACUCAGCGUGAACGCAUGGCCGUCACCAAGCUCCAGAAUAAGUUGAUAAAGUUGAAACUCAAUUUAGGCGCGUUUAAAAUUCCCGAAUGGGAUUUAAUCACGGCUGAAGGAUUGGGCCGGGAU